GCAGCAGCACCACAGAAGCAGCAGCAGUAUGCCGUCAGACAGCAGCGUGCUGUGGAGGUCAUGCCUGGGAGUUGAACAUGUCGGUGCUGGAGCCCACUUUCCUGCUCUGUGUGUUCGGCUUCUUCUCCAGCCUGCGGCCGUCGGAGCCCUUCCUCACCGCCUUCCUGCUGGGUCCGGACCACAACCUGACGGAGGCUCAGGUUGUUAAUGAAAUCUACCCCAUAUGGACGUAUUCCUACCUGGUGUUGCUGUUCCCUGUCUUCCUGGCCACGGACUACCUGUGUUAUAAGCCGGUGCUGGUGCUGCAGGCCACCAGCUUAGUGGUGACGUAUGUGAUGCUGCUGAAGGUGCGGGGCCUGCUGGCCAUGCAGCUGCUGGAGUUCUUCUUCGGGCUGGCCACAGCCUCGGAGGUGGCGUACUACUCGUACAUAUACAGCGUGGUGGAGCCGGCGCUCUACCAGAAGGUGACGGGGUACUGCCGCAGCGUCACUCUGUUCGGGUCUGCGGCCGGCUCUCUGACCGGACAGCUGCUGCUCUCUCUGGCCAAAGUUCGGCUGGUGCACCUCGUCAUCAUCACUCUGGCAUCAUCUGCCUUAGCCUUCGUCGCUCCCUGGUUCCUGCCCAUGCCCAAGAGGAGCUUGUUUUUCCACAUGAGCCCGGGAGCGGCGGAGGGAGGGGCACGCAGCAGCACCGCCCUGUUGGAGAAGGAUUCCGAGAGAGAGCUGCCUCUGAACGGUGUCUCCACAAUAUCCGGUUCCUCUGAGACAGGAAGUCAUGGCGGUGGAUUUGUGGAGGUGUUACGGAUUCUCUUUGAUGACUUCCUGCAGUGCUACAGAUGUGGGCCCCUAUUGGCCUGGUCUCUGUGGUGGGCCCUGGCCACCUGCGGCUACUUCCAGGUGAUCAACUACGCCCAGGCACUGUGGGAGAACGUCCGUCCAUCCCAGGACUACGAGAUCUACAACGGCUACGUGGAGACGGUGUCCACCCUGCUGGGGGCCCUGGCUGCUCUGCUGGUGGGCUGCCUGCCUCUGAGCUGGACUCAGUGGGGGGAGCUGGCUCUGUGUGUGCUCUCCCUGCUCAUGGCUGUGUGUGUGUUUGUCAUGGACACCGUGAGGAACAUCUGGCUGUGUUACGCCUCAUACAUCGUCUUCAGAGCUACCUACAUGCUGCUCAUCACCAUGGCUACAUACCAGAUCGCAGCCAGCCUCAGCAUGCAGCGCUACGCCCUGGUGUUCGGAGUGAACACCUUCAUGGCGCUGCUGCUGCAGACCCUGCUCACCGUGGUGGUGGUGGACUCCGCUGGCCUCGGCCUCGACGUCUUCACACAGUUCCUCAUCUAUGGCUGCUACUUUGCUGUCAUUUCUCUGGUGUUCCUGCUCGCUGGGCUGUACAAACUGGCCUCCAGACGGCGCUGCAAACAGAGGCAGGCUGACAGCCGGGCAGAUCACGAGUCAGACUCUCCUUCAGCACAGGACGCCAGCUCCAGCAGAUAGGUCUUUAUGAUAGACGUGAAUUGUCUUUCUAUGCUUGAGCCCCAUGGGUGAGCGAUGCUUCUGUCAGGUUUAUUUUUCCCCGUUUUGUUAUUGCUGGCAGGAAGUGUACAAUGGGCUCAUUCCAAUAGGUUUGGUGAGAACCCCCUGCCUGCUGUGUGAAGAUACUGAGAGCACAUGUGCAGAAUGACCCAACAAUGAGUUGGGUGAUAGUCAUUCUUAUGUUUACAUCAACGGCCCUUUUACUUUUCAUUCAAAUGCGAGUUUGAAUGAAAAGUUUAUGCAGCUUUAAGAAAUCUGAAAUUGGAUAAUGUAAUGAAUGUUCAGAAUUCCAUUUCUGUCCAUCUCCAGCUGCCUUAAUGUGAAGAGCUAAGUGAACACGAAGGACGGUUCCUUCUGAACGGUACAGCUGUUACCGCGACACCAGCCUUAUUCUGAAGGCUUUGUUUUCCCUUCUGUAGUUACAUGCGUUGUGUAAAGGAGUAUCUGCUAUAUCAACGUGACUGACACUGUUACAUUGUUGGUUAUUGGCCUGUUUUUUACUGCACUGAAAGACAUGUCACUCUGUGGAGAUCAUGGAUGUAUUAGAAUAGUACUAAUAUGUUUAAACUGUAUCAUUAAGUUCUAAGCUCAUUACUGCUGCAAUUUGACACAUGACUUCACCACCGCUGAGCUAAAGGCGGCUAAUGUUGGGAUGAUGUUUAGUCCUCAUCUAGAAACUCGUUAGCACCCCCUGUUCUGUGAUUCAGCAGUGGGGUAUUUACUGAUGUAUGUUGUGUCAUAGAACAUAGUCUCUUGAGCUUGUGUUAACAGCAGCCGUUAUUUCAAAAACACAUCCAGAGAACUUAAAGAUGCCAGAUCCCUAACAGAAGGCGUAAGCUGCUGACUCAUUUCUGGGUUUUCGGACUCAUUCCUGCACCACUUUUUUUCUGUUAAACAGAAAUAAGCAAAUGUAUUUAAACUUAUGACUUUUCGCUGUGCGAAGGAGCCCCACCCCGACCCCCUGUGUCCCAGGAGGCUGCUGCAGUGCCCCUACUGUCCACAUGUUGUCUCAUAGUGAAGACACUGGUGUGUGUGUGUGUGUGGUGUGGUGUGGUGGCAGCCCUACAGGAAAUUGUGUGUAGUUGUUAUGGUACCAUGAACAUGUUGCCAAAGGUGUACACGCACACACUUUGUGGGGCUUGUAACAUUCCUAGUUGCUGUCUCUGCAUAGCCAUCAUAAAUAAAUACUGUAUUUUGAUA